AUCAUCCUCAACUCCAUGCACAAGUACCAGCCUCGGCUCCACAUUGUCAAAGCAGACGAGAACAACGGCUUUGGCUCCAAGAACACUGCCUUUUGCACCCACGUCUUCCCGGAGACCGCCUUCAUCGCAGUCACAUCCUACCAGAACCACAAGAUUACCCAGUUAAAGAUUGAGAACAACCCCUUUGCGAAAGGUUUCCGCGGCAGCGACGACAUGGAGCUCCACAGGAUGUCCAGGAUGCAGAG